UGUGUACCUAAUCAUGUUUAUUAUUUUAUGGAUAAAACAUUUGAAUAAACCAAAAUACAGUAAUACUAAAUAGUAAUUAAUUAAGUUAUAGAACUCUUUUAACCCUUUUUUGUUAUUAAUUAGUUUUAUGAUAUUUUGUAUCAUUAAAAACAAUAUUUGAUGGUAUGUGUUACCUACUUUAAUUAGAUUAUUUUUGUUUAAUUAAAUUUAAAUUCUUAGAUUUUUUAAAACAUUAUAAAUCAAUACAACAAUGGAAUUCCAAACAACAAGAAUCGAGAAUAAAGAUCUUUGCAAUGUUCUUCUGAAAUGGUUGCAAACAUUACAUCUCAAAACUCCACAUCGAACUUUAUAUGAUAUUACUGAUGGUGUAGCACUUGCUGAAGCAUUGAAUCAAAUUGCUCCAGAAUGUUUUGACGACAAUUGGUUUUCAAAAAUAAAAAAAGAUGUUGGAAACAAUUGGAGACUAAAGGUUAGUAAUCUAAAAAAGAUUGUUGAAAAAAUUCAAGAUUUUUAUCAAGAUUGUGACACACAACAUAUGGGAAACUUUGUAAAACCUGAUGUUAUAAAAAUAGGAGACCAAGAUGAUACAAUGGAAUUAGCUCGAUUAUUACAACUUAUAUUGGGAUGUGCUGUUAACUGUCGAAAUGCUCAAGAUUACAUUACAAAUAUCAGAUCAAUGGAUGAAAACUCCCAAACUGUAAUAAUGCAGUCUAUACAAGAUCUAGAAAGGAUACAAGGACAUCCUCAAAGUAUUAUUACUAGCCUUGGAGUUGAUACUGAUGAUCACCAAGAACAAAUUCAACAACUUAUUGAUGAACUUCAAUCUGUAACGAAAGCUAGAGAUCAAAUGACUCAACGCUGUCUUGAACUCGAUUCUCAAAUAAGUUUGUUACAAGAAGAAAAAACAUACAUUUUAGAUGAAAAAAGACAUUUAGAAGAACGACUUUUAGAAAGUGUUGAAGAUCCCUUGAAGGGUAGUGGUCAGAGAAGACAGAUUGAAGAACUAAAAGAAGAAUUGUACAAAGCUGAAACAUCUAGAGAUGAUUAUCGAAUAAAACUUAAGACACAAGAAAGAGAAAUGGCCGAUUUAAAAGUUAAAUUUGAUUUAUUACAAGAAACUGCUGGAGAGGCGAGACUUCUUAAAGAUGAAUUAGAUAUUCUUCGAGAUACAGCUGAUAGAGUUGAAAAGUAUGAAUCAACUAUACAGUCCUAUAAAAAAAAAUUAGAAGAAUUAGGUGACUUGAAAAGACAAGUGAAAAUAUUGGAAACAAAAAAUAUAGCUUAUAUUCAACAAAAUAUGGAAUUAGAACAGGAAAUUAAGAAAUCUUCUGUGUGGAAAUCACAAUUAGAAAUAUAUAAAAAACAAGUUACUGAACUACACCAUACAUUAAAUGAUGAGACAAACAAAAUUGAUAAAUUGGAAUUUGAAUCAAAAAAGUUACUGGAAAACCUGAACACCUUACAGAAAGAAAAAGAUAGGUUAGUUAUUGAGAGGGAUUCGUUAAAAGAAGCAAAUGAAGAAUUAAAAUGUUGUCAAACACAAAUGAAAAAGACCAGUACGCUUGAACAUUCUCAAACAACUGCUAGCGAUGAUAUGGAAUCGGCAAUGGACCUCAAACAAAAAUUAGUAAGGCUUCAACACGAGAACACAAUGCUAAAAAUGAAUCAAAAAGAACCAGAAGAAGAUAAAAUAUCGGUACUCCAAAGUAUUUUGGAUAAUACAAGACAACAGUAUAAUGAACUGCGUUUGGAUAAUAGAAAAGCUAAUCAAAAGAUAUUGGAAUUAGAAUCUGAAUUAAAAGAACAAACAGAAAAUAACAAUGAAUGGAAUUCAAAAAUUAAAGAACUACAAAGUCAACUACAAUGUGAAAAAGAUACAAGAUCAUUGGAUAUUGAAGAAAAAAAUACAACAAUAUCAGAUAAAGAUCAAUUCAUAAAUAUUUUGCAAGUUUCUCUUCAUCAGAAAGAUAUAGAAAUACAAGAAUGGGAAGAGAAACAUAAAAAAUUCAUAGAAAAAGCUAAAUCAGUUGUUAAAUCUAUGGACUCCAAAAAUGUAUCAUUAACUGAUGUUGACAUAAGUGUAUUAGAAAAUAGGUUAAUGAAAGCCAAUAAAGAAAUAAGCGACUUAAAGAAAGAACAAGAAAAUGACAAAGCAUCACAAGAGAUUGAAGAAAAAUUAAUAUCCACUGCAUUUUACAAAUUAGCACAAACUAAGAUGCAAGAAUCUGUUGACCAGAGAGUAAUGAAUCAAGGACUGUUACAAUCUCAAACAUUCCUAUCAAAACACAGACAGCAAACAAAUAAAACAGUGGUACAAAAUCACAGAAAGUUUAAAUCUCCAUAAAAUAGUAUUAAGAGAGUUCAUUCAUCAAAUACUCUAAGUAUUCAAGAAAAAACAAUAAACAAUUAACAAACAAACAAGCAAACUGUAAGUAAGUAGUAUACAUACCAGUUUAAAUACCAAAUUAUCAUUUUCAUAUAAAUUGAAUGGCUUAAAAAACUAUUUCUAAUAUUUAAAUAACUGUGGCAGUGACACAUCAGAUGCUUGUAUGAAUUUUUUGUUUAUUAACUAGUGGUGAAAAUUAUUAGAAAACCCACUUAAAAUGCACAACAUUAAGUAAAUUCUACUUUAAAUUUAACCCUAAUCCCGAGCUUUUGACAAUAACAUUGAUAACUUAAAAUAAUUUUGAUAACUCAUUUGUCUCCACUAAACCAUUUUAAUUUAAAAUAGAUAAUUAAUUAUUUUUAGACAUAAGGAAACCGUUAAUACUUCCAAGUAGAUCUUGGAUACAAUACUUCCAUUACUCUAGUAUCCUAUUAAAUUUAAAAAGUGCUAGGCCGAAGUAUUUUAUUCUUAAAACCAUUGUUCCUACUCCAACUAAUAAGUAACUAUGAGAAGGUAUAGAAAGUUCAGUCUUCAGAAUAUAUUAUAUAUAUACUUUUGUAUAUUAUCUAAAUAAUUUGUUCAAAAAUUUGGUGCUUUUAUAAAAUUUACAAAUUAGUAUAAUAUAUAUAUUAGACAAUAAUAAAUUAGGUAAUAAUAUCUUGUAAAUAUAAAAAUUAAAACUAUAGGCUUUGACUAAAAAUUUCAAACUAUCGACUUAACUUAUUAUAUACCUAUGAUAUUUACUUUUUAUAUAUUUCAACCUUAUUGAAUUAUUUAAGUUUAUCAUAUCUAUAUAGUAGGAUAAAUUUCAAAAGCUCAAUGUAACACUUUAUAGUAUUUUAGUAUAUUAAUGUGUACUAUAAUGUUAAAACCUAAAGGUAAAUAAUAUCAGUUUGAAUAGAGAUUUUUCAAACAAAAAUUAAUUUGUAUAUUCAUAAUUUCUAAAAUAUUUUAAUCAAAUACUAAAUAUUCAUACCUAUUGCCCUGUCUCACAUUAAUGUUCUUUGUAAUAGCCUCUGAAAAAGUUAUUUCUUGAUGUUUAGUAGUAAACAUUGUAUAAAUCAAUCUUACGGACUUGCCACUUCAGUAAUUGUUUUUUGCCACCUAGUCUUAAGAUCUCUCAAGUUACUUUUAAUCAA